GAGUAGUGUCACUUAUAGCAUCAUUUCUGUCACUUGUGGCAUCUGUUGUUAAAAUUCUGUCACUUAUAGCAUCCUAUCAAAGAUGCCAUAAGUGACGGAAAAGAUGCUAUAAGUGACAGUCACUUAUGGCAUCACGCGAAAAAUACAUAAACAAACGAUUUCUUAGGUUGGCAGCACUUAGGCGUGGCCUGUGGUGGGGCGGUACUGGGCGGAGCUACUAUUUCGGUUCGCGACGCGUUCACCGGCCGGAAGAACCGUUGCGCAAUAAUCGUAACCGGUUUUUUAUACGGGAUCACCGAGUUGGAGGUGGGUGCUGCAUCGCUGAAACAACUGAGCAUCGGCAUCCGCACCACCAUUUUGUGCUUCGUUGUCAGCGUUUUUAGACCGCGUGCGGCUGCAUUUUUUAUUAUUUCGUGUGUUUUGAGUGCUUUUUGGAAUGGAAAACGGGCGUGAUCAGUGCUCCCUGGACUGGAGGUUCGACCUGAGUCGUGUGAAGGACGCGAUACAGAAGGAUGAGUUGGACAAGAGGCGAUGCGCGAACGAGCGGCUGCCUGGUUUCAGUGCGGUGCUCCCUGGUUGUUUUUCUGCAGUGCAGAUUGGGAAAAUCGAGGGGUCCGGUUUGGGAAUGCGGCUCCCGGAAAGCCAGCAGGGCUACCGCGAUCUGAACCGGAGGUGCCGAGAAAGACAAAACCAAUAUCAUACCCUGGAUUCCAGGGUCCGGACAACGCACGAGGGCCGGCAUCUAUUUGUAUCGCGCCGUAGCAUUAGGAUGCACGAUUUGGCAAUGAUUCCGGCGUACGUAAAGGAUGCCGAAUCGGAACUGGAGUAUUCGUACGAAGAUCACCUGAAUCUGCUAGGGAUUGAAAAUUGGGUAUUCCGUGGGGAUCGAUCAAUGCUCUUGCCAAGGUAGGAUUGUAGACGAAGGGUUGUACUUUCAGUUUCUUUACCUGGCAGGUGAUUGAAGGAUGUCUGGAGGCAUGCAGCAUAAUUUGUUUAAUUAUAAUAUAACCAAUUGUUCUUUUCCCAGAUGUGUGAGUGUGUGUGUGUGUAUGUGUGUCCGAAUGGAUUUAUUUUCAGGCAUGUCAGAGUCCAGACGGUGGCACGAGAGGUGCAGUAGUCAGUCUGAGACGUCCUGCCAGCAGCCGUGCCAAGGCUGGAGCACCUCUGGGGCAUGCUGCAGUGAGAGGCGGUUGCCCUGGGCGCCCUGCUAGCCGCCAAACACCUCGAAGCUGGCAGUUGGAGAGUGGUUGGCGACCGAGCUGGGUGGCGAAGGAGUUGUCUGCGUGUGGGGUGAGUGAAAACUGUUUUGCAUGUGCAAUAUGUGUUUGGCAU